UUGUAACAAAAGUGCUGCCCCGCUGCCCCGCAGGCACCCUAGGCCCGCCCGCCGCCAGCUGUCGCCGACAUGGAACCGGUGGCCAGCAACAUCCAGGUCCUCCUGCAGGCGGCCGAGUACCUGGAGCGCCGCGAGAGAGAGGCCGAGCACGGCUACGCGUCCCUGUGCCCGCACCGCAGCCCAGGCCCUGUCCACAGGAGGAAGAAGCGGGCCCUCCAAGCUUCUGGCGCGCUGGACAGUGGGCGGUCUGUGCACAAUGAGCUGGAGAAGCGCAGGAGGGCCCAGCUGAAGCGGUGCCUGGAGCAGCUGAAGCAGCAGAUGCCCCUGGGGGCUGACUGUGCCCGAUAUACCACCCUGAGCCUCCUGCGCAGAGCCAGGGUACACAUCCAGAAGCUGGAGGAGCAAGAGCGACGGGCCCGGCGGCUAAAGGAGAAGCUUCGCAACAGGCAGCAGAGCCUGCAGCAGCAGCUGGAGCAGCUCCAGGCGCCGGCCGGGCCAGGUGAGCGGGAGCGGCUACGGGCAGACAGCUUGGACUCCUCAGGCCUUUCUUCUGAGCGCUGGGACUCAGACCAAGAGGAGCUGGAGGUGGACGUGGAGAGCCUGGUGUUUGGGGGCAAGGCAGAGCUGCUGCGGGGCUUCAGCGCCGGCCAGGAGCACAGCUACUCACACAACUUCUCACGUGGCAACGGUGCCUGGCUAUGACCCUUGUAGCACCAGAGUGGCCUCUGCCCUCUGUUCACAGCAGGCUGACCUAGCCAGGCAGUCCUCCCCAGGCUUCAAGGGCCAUCUGGAGUCACCUGUUUGUUAGAAUGAACUAAAAGGACCUAUGUGCACAGGCACGCCCUACUACCCCUGGGCUGGCAGCCAGGCAGUCCCUGAGGCGGGGCUGUACUCGGACCACCCCUGAGCCCUGCAGGGCAGGCAGCUUGGGCCUGGGUUGCCCUUCCAGGUGUUUUCUGUAGCACUUGGCUCUCCUGCCCCCAAGGGGGCAGGAAGCCUCUUGGACCCUUGUUUUCUACCAGGACAAGGCCUCCUGGCCUCUGCCCCACAGAUACUGUAUUUUCAUUAAAAACCUCUUUUUUAAACUUCCUCUGUCCAUGGUCUUGCCUGAUGAAAAAGGGGAACUCCCAGUCACAGACCAAACUGGAAAAGAGGAAAUAAGAGCAGCCACCACCAGGAACACUUAAUCCUUCCAGCUCUGAGGCAGUUCUGCCCACCCACUGGCAGAGGCUGAGGGGU